AUGGCCGCUUUGUGUGGACGAUGGGAACUGGUCUCGUGUGAUGAAAACUUUGACAAGUAUAUGGAAGCUGUUGGGGUAAGCGAGGAAAAGCGGAAACUAGCCAGGUCUGCGCUGUCUGCUGAGGCCAAGUUGAAACAAGAGCUAUCUCGAGAUGGCAGCACGUGGUCAGUCAAAGUCAUGACGCCAGCCGGGGAAAAGACUGACGUCUACCCAGAAGGAAAAACUGUACAAGCCUUGACAUUAGAUGGCAGGAGUGUCAGUGUUGUGUACUCUCUGGAAGGCGAUCAGCUUGUGGAGAUACAGAAGGGAUCUGAUUUUGAGUCACGUAAUGUCAGGAAGGUGUCCGGAGACACAAUGACAAUGACAUUUACAGCACACAAUGGUGUGUCCAGCACGAGAAUAUACAAGCGAGUUUCCUAA